GGGAGGAGUCCGGGGGAAGGGCCAUGGAUGGAGUCAGCCCGGCGCUGGCCUGUUCCGGUGGCGCUGGGCGCUAGGACCCAGGCGGCCGGUGUGGCGGCUGGCGACGCCGGGAGCCGGCGGGGCGGAGCACGGCGCGGCGGGCUGGGGUCGCUGCUGGAGACUGAGCCUGAGCCCCGCGAUGCCGAGCAAGAAAAAGAAAUACAACGCGCGCUUCCCGCCGGCCCGGAUCAAGAAGAUCAUGCAGACGGAUGAGGAGAUUGGGAAGGUGGCCGCUGCCGUCCCUGUCAUUAUAUCCCGGGCGCUGGAGCUCUUCCUGGAGUCGCUCCUCAGGAAGGCCUGUCAGGUGACACAGUCCAGAAAUGCCAAGACCAUGACCACCUCCCACUUGAAGCAGUGCAUAGAGCUGGAGCAGCAGUUCGACUUCCUCAAGGAUCUGGUGGCCUCGGUGCCUGACAUGCAGGGAGAUGUGGAGGAUAACCACGCUGAGGGCGAGAAGGUCUCCAGGAGGUGGGCAGUAGGAGGCGCUGUGCUACAGGGAGAGGGGCAAGGGCUUGGGGCCGGAAGCCGGGCAGUGGGCGGAAGAACGGCGGCACUGGCAGCAAAGGAAAGGACCCGAAGCAGUCAGGCACGGACUCCGAGCAGGAGGAGGAGUCUGAGGACAGCGAGACUGAUGGGGAGGAGGAGACGUCCCAGUCUACGCCCCCCAGCCGCCCUACCACCCACUUCCCCAGCUCUCCGGCACCAUAUUUGCACUUCACCUGCCCCCCACAGUCCACCAUGGCCAUGCCUGUCUCCGUGCCCCCGGCCCUGCCUGCCAUGAUGCCCUCUGCGCCAGCACCCCCCGCCCCAGCGCAGGACGAGGAAGAGGAAGAUUAUGACUCGUAGCCCCGUUUCCUUUUAGUUUGUUUUAGUUGCUGCAUUUGGGGGGGAGGGGGUGGUUCUUAAAUUUAUUAAAAAAAAGAGAGAAAAGCAUUUUACCUCCACGUGGUUUGUUUUUAUUGUCUCCCUGGGCUGGGCUCGAACCCCUGAUUUUCAGAGCCCAGAUCACCUCGUCCCUCCCCACCAUGUCAUCCCUCUCUGUGGCACCUUCCCCAACAGACAGCGCGUGACUGAGCCAACCCAGUGAUUAGCUGCAGGUGUCUCCAGAGAUGGGAAAUGGGGACAAAACAGCCACCCCAGCUUGUGAAACCUCCCCCAGCCUUUCAUCAUGGCUCGAUUUCUCCCUCCUCAGCCCCAAGGAAUCAGGGGGUGUCUUUCCCAGAGCGCGUAGGGCUAGCGCUUGCAUUGGUUUUAUGGGUGUCAUCCAGGCUUCGUCUAGGACAUUCAGUUCCAUUUCAGGCCUCGGUGUUGUCAGUCUGUCAGAUCACGGGACUCUCUGGUGUUGGGUAAGAUUAUUUUUAAGUGGUGCCCUCAGCUCUGCCCCCACCUAGCAACCCUGGUUCUUGGUGGGGUGGUUGGGCUCCAUUUUUCUUAGAAGCAGGAUAUUUGGUUCCACCCCAGCCCUGGUUUGGUGUCCCCCUUUUUGCUGCCCCCAGCACUGCUCUCUCAGAUCCUGGGGUGGGGGCCCACAAUUAAUCUCACAAGCAGCUUCUCCCCCUGCCCCCUGUCACUGCAUGUGAAAUUCACUCGGAUCUGAUGAUUGGUUUGGGAUGAAUCUGAAGUAGGGGGAUGUAAUUAGAGUGGGGGAAGGAGUCCCCCCACCUGAAAGGACUCAGUGUCUAUCCUGGGCUUAACUGUAUCUGCCACUAGAAGAUGGUCCUGUGGUUUCACCCAUCAGAAUCCCCCACACACACCCAGCUGCCUCAAUUCCCCCCCCCCCCGGGAUGGGGGCAGGGAAUCUGUGAGAUAUGGGGCUUUUAAACACUGUCUUUAAAAAUGAAUGUCCCAGGCGCUGUAUGUUCUCAGUCCUUCAUGCCAUUUGCAUGUCCCCCUCCAAGUGAGACUGGGAGCCAGGACUCUUGGGAAGGGAGUGGGAUCUAAUCAUUAGAGCAGGGAAGUGCUGGGAGCCAGGACUUCUGGGUUCUUUUUCCCUCUGCCUCCCUGUCCUUUCUCUCCCUGGAUAUUUAGCAGAUUCAAUCUCCAUUCUUUUCUUGUUGAUAAACCCCAGGGCUCCAUCACCCCACCCCUGUGCAGUGUAGUCCUAAGGUUCCUAAGAGGCAGGAAUUUCCACAGUGCUUUUUCACACUGAUCUGUCCUGUUGGGAAUGGGUUGUUUCCAUGUGGGGGGUGGGUCCUGGCAUCCCUUCAGGGCAGGGGUGCUUUAAGC